CAAUGUCAUUUCUGAAGUAAUUUUUAUUGUUAUCACAUUGUUAUUCUCUGAACUUUGCCAAAAAAUAAUAGUAGACUAGGGACUAGGGUACAUUAAAAUUGAAAUGUUGGUAGCUUUCGAAAAAAAGAAGCAUUUUCAGAAGUCGUAGAUUGAUAUAUUCGCUUCCAGGCAAAAUGGUUUUUUAUUUUACAAGCGAUGUUGUUUCACCACCUGUAACUUUAUUCAUGGGUACCGAUAAACAUGAGAAUGAAGAUUUAAUCAAAUGGGGAUGGCCCGAAGAUGUUUGGUUCCAUGUAGAUAAAGUUUCAUCAGCACAUGUCUACCUUCGUUUAGCACCUGGUCAAACGAUAGACGAUAUACCAAAUUCUGUGCUUGAUGAUGCAUGCCAAUUAGUAAAAGCAAACUCUAUAAUGGGUAAUAAAAUGAAUGAUAUUGACAUUGUUUACACAAUGUGGUCAAAUUUGAAGAAAACAGCUGGGAUGGAGGUAGGACAAGUUGCAUUUCACAAAGACAAGGAUGUAAGAAAAGUCAGAAUAAUUAAAAGAAUAAAUGAUAUUGUGAAUAGACUAAACAAAACUAAAAGAGAAGCAUUUCCUGAUUUGAGACUAGAAAGAGAAACUAGAGACAGGUUAGAAAGAGAAGAUAAAAAGAAAUUGGUAAGAGAAAAAAGGGAAAAGGAAAAAGAAGAAGAAAAACGCAAGAAAGAGGAAGCAGAAUUAAGAAGUUAUGCUACUUUGAUGAAGAAAGAAAAUAUGAAAACAAAUCAUGAUGGAAAUGAUUCUGAUGAUUUUAUGUAAUGAUCUAAUAAAUAAAAACUGUGCUAUGUAAAUUA